AAAUCCCGCCGCCAUCGUCCAUCCUGCCACCCCCUCCAUAGAUCUGCCUGCCUCAAUAAUCCCGCCGCCACCUCCAUCGUGUCGCGCCCCUCCAUCACGCUGCCCCCUUUGGUGUCAUUUGCCUGUGGAAUCGUGAUUUCCCUUCCUGUUUUUUGGUAAACUUUGGGGGAAUUUCUGUUCGUAGGAUUUGAGUGUGAUUGAAGAAAUUUUCCUUGGGGGAAUUCAUGCUGGAGCAUCACUGAACUCGUCUAUGGCUAUUCCCUAGCGAUUUCCUCUCUCAAAUUUGUGUUUAUCUUGGAGCAUUGAUUUAACAUUUUUGUUCUUUCUUAUCUGCAGGAUUUAAAGGUUGUUCUAGGUCCUUGCAGGAUUAAGCCUAACAAAACAGAGAUUUGUGAUUAAAAGUUGGUUCAAGGUUCUUGCAAUAUUAAGCCUAGCAAAACAGAUUCGUGGGCAGCAAGGAAAGGAAGGUGUUGUAGUUCAGAAAAUCCAAAAACAACUAGGAGAUUGUCGAGCUCUAGUGUAAGGUAAGUUCAACUAAUUUACCUUGUUUCCGGUUCAAUUGUGUGUUUGUUCAUUAUCUUUGAGUGUAUGCAGCAAAGUUUUUAUGCUUGUUAUAUGUUCUUAGAAGCUCUAUCAUAUCCGUAAUAACACACAUGGAUAAAUCGUGGAUCGACAAUGUGGCUAGGUACAAUACAACUUUUUUUCACAAUAACUAAAAAAAUGUGCUACGUGGUUAUCUUGAUAUUUAACAUAGAAAUUGCAUGUAGGGAGACAAAGGCCUAUACACAAGGGGUGAAUAGUUUUCUAGCUUUUGCAUUAAAAAAUUCAGCGGUAGGAAGCAAGAUUUUAUGCCCUUGUAGGAAGUGUGUCAACUCAUUUUGGCGGGAGGCUAUUGAAGUUCGAGAACACUUGAUUUGUGAUGGAUUUUUAAAAGGGUAUAGAACAUGGACCUUACAUGGAGAAGCUAGUUCCUCUGUAUUGAACAAUGAAAAUGGUGAUGUCCCUGAGUUCAUUGAGGUGCAUGACGAAGAAGAUGACAUAUCUGAGUUGAUUAAGGAUUUAGCAUGUGGUUUAGAUGAUAGAGGAGAUAUGGAAGAUGAUGGGUCUUUUGAUCCAUUUGAUAAAGAUGUAGCUACCAUUCGUAGGCUAGCAGCAGACAACAGUCAAGAAUUGUACCCAGGUUGCAAUAAGUACUCAAAGCUACGCUUUCUAGUUCGUUUACUUCACAUAAAACUUCUUGGAGGAUGGACGGAUAGAAGUUUUAAUUUGUUGGUUGAUCUACUUGUUGAUGCGUUGCCUAAGGGUUCAGCACUUCCUAGAAACUUUCAUGAAGCUAAGAAAUUAGUGAAAUCAGUGGGAGUUGGGUACACUUCUAUCCAUGCAUGCGAGAACGAUUGCAUUCUUUACUGGAAGGAGCAUGAAAACUCUAAUUCAUGUCCGAAAUGUAAUGUUUCACGCUGGAAAUCAGAAAAGAUGAGUUUGGACGGAAAGCGUGAGUACAAAAUUCCUAAGAAAGUUCUUCGUUACUUUCCUAUCAAGAAAAGACUUCAAAGAUUAUUUGUGUCCUCCAAAACUGCAAGUCUCACAAGGUGGCAUGAUGAACACCGAAUAAAUGAUGGUUUGCUUAGGCAUCCUGCAGAUUCCCCCCUAUGGAAGGAUUUUGAUAAAAAACAUCCCGAAUUUGCUGCUGAUAGCCGAAAUAUCCGUCUAGCAUUUGCUACCGAUGGUUUCAAUCCCUAUAGGACUAUGAAACUUAGUUAUAGUAUUUGGCCAGGCAUUCUGAUUCCAUUCAACUUUCCACCUUCAAUGUGCAUGAAGGAUACAAAUUUUAUCUUGUCUGUGCUGAUUCCUGGCCGAUCUUCUGCUGGAAGUGAUAUGGAUGUAUAUUUUCAGCCACUUGUUUAUGACCUGCUUGAUUUGUUUGUUAAUGGUGUGAGAACUUAUGAUGCUUCGAAGGGUGAAUACUUUCAAUUGCGUGCUGCAAUACUUUGGACCAUCACUGAUUUCCCUGGUCUAGGUAGUGUAUCCGGAUUUGUCACAUCUGGUGAAGCAGCGUGUCCCGACUGCCACUCCUUGCUCUAUUCCCUUAGACUUGGAAAUGGUUGCAAGUCUUGUUACAUGGGACACCGCAGGUUCUUGCAUCCAGAACACCCAUUUAGGUUUGAUGUUGAUUCAUUUGGUGGCGAAGAGCUAAGUCCGACACCUGUUCCUCUUUUAGGAGAGGAAAUUUUGGAAUGCACCAAAGAUCUAAAAACAGUUUAUGGCAAGGACCCAUCUCGUAAGCCCACAAAAUAUCAGAAACGUAAGGACGGUGAACCAUUAGUCUUUUUGAAAAGGAGAACUAUUUGGUUCAUCCUUCCAUAUUGGAAGGAUUUGAUGGUCCGAUAUAAUUUUGAUGCCAUGCACAUAGAGAAGAAUGUAUGUGACAACAUAAUUAACACUUUAUUGGACAUUGCUGGAAAAUCUAAGGAUGAUUUGAAUGCUCGCUUGGAUCUUCAAGAAUUAGGAAUUAGAAGUGAUCUUCAUCCAGUUGAACUAGAACAUAACCAAUUUUAUUUACCUCCUGCACCCUACUCAAUGAGUCAUGCUGAGAAGAAAUUAUUUUGUCAAGUAUUAAAAGGGGUCAAGUUUCCCGAUGGCUAUGCAGCUGAUAUACGACGUAAUGUUUUUGUUAACGAGAAAAAGAUAAUUGGUCUUAACAGCCAUGGUAGCCACGUUCUUCUACAAGACUUACUGCCACUUGCUGUGAGGAGAGUUCUCCCUAAUGAAGUCAGUGCUGUUUUGAUUCGUUUAAGCAACUUCUUUAAGAAAUUGUACUCCCCUAUCAUUCGAAUAAGCGACAUGCAAAAGCUACAGUCUGAAAUAGCUGAGAUCUUGAGCCUUCUAGAGACUAUUUUCCCUCCAUCAUUUUUUACUAUUAAUGUACAUUUGAUGGUACAUCUUCCUGCCCAAGCGAUGGUGGCAGGUCCAAUUCACUUUCGCAGCAUGUGGCCUGUUGAGAGGUAAUUUUCUUA